AUGGAAAAGUUCUCAUCUUGGAGAGAUAAAGCAACUGGGAUAUCCCCAUUCAUGCCAAAUCAAUUCCCAUUAGUACAAGAAAAAUCUCCAAUCAAAAAAUGGACAAAAAUAAUUCUUAAAUCACCAAUAUUUGUCCUCAAAUUCCCAUUCUUUUUACUUAUAUCCUUAUUAUAUUCAAUCUUAGGACUUCCAAUAUUAUUGAAAUUCAUCAUUAGAUUCUUAUUUGGAUUUAAUCGAAUUGAUUUUUCCGUGGAUGGAGUUAAGAAAUCUCAAACGGAUAAAUUGAACAGUUUUAAACCUCAUCCAAAUGAUAUAAUUGUUGCUAAUUAUAUAAGUCCACUUGAUGGUUAUUUCUUUGCUAUGUUGAGCAAUUACUCUAAGAUUGUUAUAUUGGUGCCGGAUAAGAAGGGGGACUUGUAUCAACAUACUCCAAGAUCAUUAUUUAAUCAUUGUUUUACUUAUGACAUUGGGAAACAACCAUUAGUUGAAGAUUUAUCAACCCUAAAGGAUAAAAUUGUGUUUUUAUUAUUAGAAGGUACUCCAUCUAAUAAUAAAUCAGUAUUACCAUUUAUAAAAUUGAAUUCAAGAUAUAAAUUUGAUGAAAAUUUUAAAAUUAAAUCAUUAAUUUUGAAAAUUAUACCAAAUUAUUUUACAUUACCAAUUGGCUAUAUUGGAAAAUUUCAAUAUUUAUUUCAAUUAUUAACAAAUUUAUCAAAAAAUAGCUUAAUUAGAUUCAAAAUUUAUAAAUAUUAUAAUUUUGAUUUAACUGAAAUUAGAUGUUCUUAUGAAUUGAAUUCACUUAGUUUAAUUAAUCAAGAUUUGAAUUUAGAUUCCAAAGAAAAGUUUAUAAAUUACUAUUUUGAUCAUUCUGUUAAUAAGACGAAGAAGAAUGUUUAA